UCGAAUCCAUACAAACACCUUGGAAAUGUAUCUCGCAUUACCUGCAACUAUCCUUUUUGCUCUUCUUCACAUGUAGCAUAAUUACUUCCUCCUACUUACCAAUAUUCCUACCCACCUCAACGUUGGUUACCACAAAUUGCUUAUACAUUGCUCAUAUCAAGCCUGCCUCACCUCUACUUUGCCAAAUUACUCAAUCGAAUCCUUAUGAACUAUCUCACUGAGUGCCUUCUGUACGCUGGAGUUAUCUUGGGUUUCGAACCAGACUCGUUACUCGCUCUUGAACAGAACGCGGAACCAAAAUUAAGUGCUGGUUUAUAUUCCGAACCAAACUUCCCCUUGACGACUACCUACAAAUCUUCACUUACUAGCCCGCCCCUUUCACAUAUUCAGCCCUGGACGUGGUUCUAAUUGGUACCGAAAAAAACAUCGAUAUUCUCCGAGUUAGCUCGCCGUCUCGGACAUCAUCUCAAGUUCGGUGAUGAGAGGAUUUCGAUCGAUACAGAGCAAUUCAUAAUUCAAAUGACGGCAAUAUCGCCAUACCUCGAUAUUCGACCGCUUAAACACUUUGCGCAGAACAAGUGCUUUCGUAGCACUAAUUCUUAUUCAACAACGUACCGUGCACUAUAUCAUUUAUGGUCAAUACUAGCAAUUCGACCAACGCCACGGCACCCAUUAAUAGUACCCUUCAGGCCUGGCACAAAUUGCAAGGGCAUGUUAUCGACAAGAAAUAUGACGCUGGCUAUAUCUUAUUAUCAUACUUGGUUAGCCUGGUGGGCGCCUGGACUGCAUUUGAGCUGCUCAAUCUGAGGACAACAAGAAAAGGUCGCUAUAAUUGGACGGUUCUCGUGUUCGCUUCGAUAGCAAUGGGAGGUGUUGCGAUUUGGUGUAUGCAUUUCGUCGGUGAUGAGGGAAUUAUUCUCGGUGGAGGUGAUCCCACCUUACAAAUUUCAUACAAUAAGUCUUCCACCUCCGAAUCGUUCUUCCUGCCUGUUAUAGUAUUUUUCAUCGCAUUCUGGACUGUUGGCUCCAACGAAAUGAUAGAUCUGCCUCGUGUUGGUUUAGGUGGGACUUUAGCUGGCCUUGGAAUAUGCGGCAUGCAUUACCUUGGACAAGCUAGCAUUGCGAACUAUACGUGCUUUUAUAAUAUUGUAUGGGUCGUCAUUUCCGCAUUCAUAUGCAUUGCAGGCAGUGUAGGAUCUAUCUACCUAUUUUUCCUAUGGCGUUCAUCCUGGGCAUCAUGCUGGUCGAAGAAGGGUAUCUGCGCUUGCUUACUUGCAUUUGCCAUAUCCGGGUUGCAUUGGUUAUCAUCUUUUGGCACUCACUACCGUCUUCAUAGUCGACCAACACCGCCGGUUUCGAAUCCAACCCGACAUUUUGCUAUAAUUGUUGCCACAGUUCUGACCGUUGUCGCUGCCCUGGUAAACAUAACAUUGAAAUUAAUGCUCUUUACCCGAAGACAAGAAAGCAUAAACAGUUCUCAAAAGCUCACUUUGUUCGCAGCCAUUUUCGAUAAACAUGGAAAUGUGUUGAUUGGUCCACAAGGCAUUCUGCCAAAUCGAAAAAUAACCAGUUCCUUCAUCGAGGGUUCAUUAACUGAGGUUUUCAACACCUCGCAUCCAAUAUUUCUAUGGAUAUUUAGAGCAGCGAGAAAUUGGCAUUGCGUUAAAGAUAUCAUUCCAGCAAUGCGCCUCAAUAUCAGUGCUCACAUUGAGAAGCAUAACCUUGGAGGCAGAGAGGAAGUCAGCCUUGUGGAUGAUGACGGCGACUUAAUCAAAGAUUAUUCUAUUGUGUUUCGAGAGCUUUUCUGCAUUGCAGCCGCUGAUCUUGCCAAUGAUCUUCGUAUACCCAUGGAAAAACUAGGCCCUUUGUACGACGAUGUCAUUGGCACCGGGCAGAAGAUUCCAUUGUCAGCAAUCAUUAAAUCUCGUGUUGCUAUAGUAAGCGACUUGAUAGAAAAAACAGUUGGGGAUAUCCAGCACAAGAUCAAAGGUGGUCGUCGCGCAAUUAGAAGGCCGAGAAAAGACAUCGAAAAAGACGCAGGAGCAGGGACUGGUCAACUACUCUUUCUUGUCAAGAAAGUCCAGCGACGUGAAGCAGAGGCUUUGCAAGCAGCGGGAUAUCGGUUUGGGAAGAUUGAACAAGUUUUAUCGCUACUAUCAAACACCAUAAAGAUUAAGGAUGAAGAUCUUACCAAGCAUCUCUCGGAAUUAUGGAAAUUUGCAAAUCAGGACGAGAUGUUAGAUCCAGGUUGUCAUCUUGCAUGCUUUGCAAUUCGAGCUUCUGUCCGAGGAGGAUUUGAUAUUGUUGUCAGGAAAGAUGCUAAGAGUCAGCUCCCGACUAUGACCUUACCUUUCGAAUCACUGGAACAGUGGCAGAUGGACUUUUUGACCGCAAUGAAUACUCUCAAUGUAACGGAAUGCCAAAGGUUCUUGGCCAAAGCAGUUAAAGCAAAAGAGCUACCUACAAGGGAAAAGACAUUCUCAAAUCAACUGCUUACCACGCUCCAAUCAUUGAAAUACGAAAUCGGGGAUCCAAUCUUCAGUGAAGCAUGCCUCAUAUCCAAACCGAUAGAGGCUCCAUGUCGUGGCGCUUCCGCAAACCAUCGGCCUGGAGUAGGAAUUCUCAUUGCUUUUCGGCUCAUGGUACCUAUUAAUACUCGCCGUCCGCCAGGAAAAAAAUGCGCGUUCGCGCCACUCACCCUCUUUAAAUUGCAACAACGUGUCUACAAAAAUUCUCUAGAUCAUUCUUUCUUUGUGCGUGCAAUAUACCGGGAAUUUUCACCAAUAUUUGCAGCAAUAUUUCGUGAUAGAUCACAAGACAAAAGACUCCUGUCACAAUGGAGACCUGCCAAAUCUGGUGAAGAGUUUAAAGUCGAGGUGGUGGAGGAGCAUGAUCCGUUCGGAAACGCUAUCAGUAGAAUUCGGCCCAGCAGGGAGUUGCAAUCGCGGCCUACCAUGGAACGGUUGAGAACACUCUGGGAUUCACGCAUCGGCCGCUCUAAAGACGAAAAUGAUUCUAGCGAUAGACCAAAACCAAUACGAGCGGCUUCGUAUCAGUCUAUGGGAAUCUUGGUCAGUACGGAGGUUGAGAGAGAUGUGAAGCUUAGUUCGGAUAAGAAAGACAACGGAAAAGGGAGAGGAUUUGAGGCUAAGCAGGGGAAUAGGGGAGUUACGGCGGUAGUCACUGAAGAUGUUGAGCCGCUGACAUUUGUGGAUGAAUUGUUUCAAAUUUGUGUUAAGAAUACUGGGAUGCCUCAUUGAUUCCUUGGAGGUAAUGAGAAAGGGGAAGAUGGAAUGUAUGGACGGAUGGAUGAAUGUAUAUCUUUUGUAUUAUGGUACUACUAGAUCAGAUUAGAUUGCGCUUUUAGGCGUGAGAUCAGAUUGAAAUCGGUAUUGUACCUUGGUAGUUUUUAUGAGUAAGCCCCUAUA